AUGGAAAACUCUUCAUCGUCAUCUUCAAACUCAGUCUAUCGAGAGUGUCUCCGCAACCAUGCAGCGAGCCUCGGCAGCUACGCGACAGAUGGUUGCGGAGAGUUCACUCUCGAUGACGUCUCUUCUCCCUCUCUCCAAUGUGCGGCCUGUGGCUGCCACCGGAACUUUCAUCGCAAGAUUGCGGUGGAAGGAAUGGUGGGUGGAGGGAGCGGGGACAUGAUGGAGUACUCGGGAGGGGACGUGGGAAGGAUGGAGGUGGGGGAGAGGAGCAGCAGGAAGAGGUUCAGGACGAAGUUCAGUGCCGAGCAGAAGGAGAAGAUGCUGGGGUUUGCAGAGAAGCUGGGGUGGAAGCUGCAGAGGAAGGAGGUGGAUGAUGAGAUUGAGAGGUUUUGUAAAAGUGUUGGAGUGACUAGACAGGUUUUCAAGGUGUGGAUGCAUAACCAUAAGAACAACUCUAAUUCUUCUAACUCUUCUGCUAAUCUCUCUUCUCUCACUCAGUGA